AUGUGCGCCCCGGACAACGGCUCCGAGGUGACGGAGUUCAUCCUGGUGGGCUUCCCGGGCCCGGCGGGCUUCCACGCGGGCCUGCUGGCGCUCUUCUCGCUGGCCUACGCGCUCACGGUCACGGAGAACGCGCUCAUCGUGGCGGUGAUCCGCGUCAGCCCCGCGCUGCACAAGCCCAUGUACGUCUUCCUGGGCCACCUGUCCUUCCUGGAGCUGUGGUACGUGUCGGUCACGGAGCCCAAGAUGCUGCUGGGCCUGGCGGCGCCGCGCUUCCGGCGCAUCUCGUUCGCGGGCUGCAUGGCGCAGCUGUACUUCUUCCUGGCGCUGGCCUGCACCGAGUGCGCGCUCCUGGGCGUCAUGGCCUACGACCGCUACGUGGCCAUCUGCCGCCCGCUGCGCUACCCGGCCGUGAUGAGCGGCCGCCUCUGCCGCCUGCUGGCCGCCGGCUCGUGGCUCUCGGGCUUCAGCGUGUCGCUGGGGAAGGUCUUCUUCAUCUCGCGCCUGGGCUACUGCGGCCCCAACGUCAUGAACCACUUCUUCUGCGACGUGUCCCCGCUGCUGAACCUGGCGUGCUCCGACAUGUCGCGGGCCGAGCUCGUGGACUUCCUCCUGGCGCUGCUGGUGCUGCUGGGCCCGCUGCUGCUCACCGUGCUGUCCUACGGCGCCAUCGUGAGCGCCGUGCUGCGAGCCCGCUCCGCCGCCGGCCGCCGCAAGGCCUUCUCCACCUGCGCCGCGCACCUGGCCGUGGUGCUCGUCUUCUACUCGGCCUCGCUCUUCAUCUACGCCCGGCCCCGCGCCAUCUACGCCUUCGACUUCAACAAGCUGGUGUCCGUGGUCUACACGGUGCUCACGCCGCUGCUCAACCCCAUCAUCUACUGCCUGCGGAACCGGGAGGUGAAGGACGCGCUGCGCAAGGCGGCCGGGAGGGCGGCCUGGGCCCUGGGUGCCCGGUCCUAG